ACCUUCUGCGGAGAGCAGUGCAUCUCCAGGACUUGGAGGUGGGCCCGUUUCUACAUGAGCGGUGCACAUGCACGCGUACGCCGCUGCUACGAACGCCAUAACAGUAUGUCGUUGGUCGCCUCGCACCUGAUGUGCGGGCGCAGACUACGUUUUGUCCACGCAAAUGGACGCAUGGGCCCAGGCGCCCGUGACUGCUGGCGUGCCGGAGGGAAGCUUCGCACGUACGGUGUACUCACACGUGUCCUCGUGGAAGGGAGUAGUAAUAGCCACAUUCCGCGUGAAGAGAGACCAAGCCGGUACGUGCUUAUGCAAGAGCCCCUAGGACAGUUAUGCGCCUACGAGGACCCUGCCGCCAAACAGUUUCGCGGCGUUGUUGGCGGACGCAAACGCGAGUUUCGAGGCAGCGCUUGCAUACAGAAGCGAAUAAGCCGGCCAGCGUUGACGUCAGUGUACCGCCUCUAA